UACGUUUCGAAGGAAAACUUUUACUUCACCGAUUUCAAUAAAAGUCAAUAGCUAAUCAAUGGAUCAAGUAAAUAAGAUUUUAAUAUUAAAAAAAUUUACGCAUGUGACAUGCAUUAUAAAAUUAAAAAAAGUGAAAUGAGAAAAACAGUAUUGUUGAGAAUUUGGAAAUUGAAAAAAAAUGCGCGAAUAUGGUGUGGAUUUGGCAAGUGUAUGCGUAGAUCGGUCGUGAAAAUAGCGAGAGGGAAUGAAAGAUGGCGACAGUUGGAUAGUGUGUUGGAUAAGCUGGUGGUGGUGGGAUGGUGAGUCGGUUGGUCUGGUUGAUAUCCAGGGAUAUGGAAUAUCGGUGAGGAAAGGGCUGUGGAUUACAAGCGAGGGAUAGUUUUGAUAAAAAUGCGAGGUCAUUGUCCUCCCCACCUCACCCAGUGGACCUCUUCAGCCAAUCAGAGAUGAUUGGCCGGAGAUGUGCGCUCUUCGCUCUUGGCGGUCUUUUGAUUCUCGUGCUUACGGUUAAUAUUUAUUUCAUCCGUAUGAUUGUUGAAAAUUCACCGGAGAAGAGUUACUCGCGUAAUCUGCCGGUUUCGGGGGAAAAGAAUCAAGAAAAUGUUGGAGGCAAGGAUGGAGAGAAAAAGGCAGUCAGGAAAUCAAUGACCAGAGAGAUGGAGGAGAGAAUCAAAGCAGAAAUGCGAUUACUACCCUCUAAGUAUUUCAAACGGAAUUCUAGCUAUGCUGUUCUACUCGAUAGGCUUUUGGCUGAACUCAGGAUCAUGCCCAACGCCCAGAAGGACAUAUGGAGCAUACCCAACAACAAUUGGCCAGAUGCGCAUCAAUUACUGCCAGCAGCGGCCCCUGAAUUGGGGACAAUAUUCGAGGCAAUGAGAACAGCGAAAAUAGUAAAAGCUGACAACGCACCAGUUGGUACACAAUUGAAACUGAUGCUGACACUGGAGUCAGGUGUUAAAGCACUCUUUAAGCCGCAGUGGUAUUCAAGAGACACUAUUCUAAAUGGGCCAGUGUAUUUCGGUAAAGAUCGCCACAACGCCGAGGUCGUGGCCUUUCAUUUGUCUUCCUUACUUGGACUGAGGAGAGUUCCUCUCACAGUUAUUAGGAAAUUAAGACUUAGUGAAGUUCGCAAUUACGCGACACCGAAAUUGUAUGAGACAAUGUAUCAAGAGGGAAAUGAGACUUGUCUCUACGGUGUCUGUCAUUACUGCUCUCCAGCAGAUCCAGUCUGUAGCUCUAAUGAUAUUCUAGAGGGUGCACUAAUUCUGUGGCUACCCGAUUAUCUCAAGUUAUUUAAACAUCGACAUCCGUGGCAGAGAACGUACAAACGCAAUAAAUUAGCUCUGUGGGAAACGGAUAUUCAUUACUGCGACAAGGUAAAAGAGACAAAGACUUAUGCCCCCCAUUCCUCGAGUCGUCUGUUAGACAUCAUAGACACUGCAGUCUUCGACUAUUUAAUGGAUAAUGGAGACAGGCAUCACUAUGAAUUAACUCAGAAUAAUUUUCACAAUCCUGCUGUGCUAUUAAUAGAUAAUGGAAAGAGUCUGGCCAAUCCAGACGUCGAUCAUGUGGAUAUAUUGGCACCUCUUUAUCAGUGCUGCAUCAUUCAUAAAACGACGUGGGACAGACUGCAGUUGUUGGGCGGAGGUGCUCUCAGUGCUUCUCUGGGGCGACUCCUGGCACACGAGUCCAUGAUGGCUGGGGUUGGGGUUCAACCACUCAUCACUGAUGAUCACCUCAGUGCCAUGGACAGAAGACUACUCACCAUUUACGCCGUUGUCGAGUACUGCUUGAAAAUUAAAAAGUACUCGUCCAGUGUCAUCCUAGAUCAUCGAUAAGUGUCGUAGAUAAUUGUCGUAGAUCGUCAAUAUAAAUCAAUGCAUUCUGUUAAAUUCAUUUGUAAGAGUAAAUUAAGGAAAAAGAGUUACCAAUAAUUCUUCAUUUGUCGAUAGAUUUUAGUAGGGACCUGACAAUUAUAGUAGCCAAGUGGUAAAGUCAGAAAAUUGAAUUUAACUUUUUUUAAAAAUUCCAAUGGUCGAUUUACCUCGAAAACCUGUGAUUCAAGAUUUGAUUUGAUAUACAACAAAAAAAAUCUAGGGACUUGCCGUUUUACGAUUUUGCCACUGAUUGUCUCUCCCGUCAAAAAUCAAUGCUAUAAUUUGGAGAUUAACUGUGGAACAAAUUUCAAUGAAUAAAUAUAAGUUUUUAUUCUGCUGUCCAUAUAUUAACUGGAACAGAUAGUGGUGUCGUAUUGGGGAAAUAAAAUUUUUAAAAAUUCA